UAGCACCAAGUCUAGUCUAGCAGGUACCAAAUACACGUUUAUUUACUCGGCCUUAUACAGAGUGGUACCACAGCGGGUGACUGUCAGUAGACUGGACCGUACAGUUUCAUUCAGAGUCAUUGAUCGCCAAUCACAGAUAGAUCACGAUAGUCUCAAUCUCUGUGGUUUAACCCCAACAGUCCUCAAUUCUCCGAAUUCAGUAUGAGUGACCCCAGGGGCUUAGGUUUCUAUACCCCCCCGUGCCCCAGCAGUUUUUAGCCAGGCCUUUACGACAGGCGUCCCUUGACGGUUUUCCAUAUUCGGUGGGCAUUAGAUAACUUUACAUAACAACGACUUUUGAACCUCAGGUGAGGAAACCCCGGGCAGAUCGGACUUUUGACAUACAGAGGCUCUACUGACGUAUUUUCUCACUCUGUUUGGAAAUCCGACCAUGAAGUGCAUCCGCGUGAUCGCCCCCGGGGAGCCCCUGGUCUUCCUCGAAGAUGAGCCAAUCCCAAAGGCCCCAGAUGGCGGAGCCGUUGUAAAGAUUUCCUACAGCGGGGUGUGCCAUUCUGACAUACACUUCUGGGAAGGGAGACGCGAUAUGGGUGGCGGCAAAAUUGUGACAUUUCUGGGUCGGCCAGGCUUCAACUAUCCUUGCAUCCCAGGCCAUGAAAUAGCUGGCGUCCUAUCCUCCCUGGGUGAAGGCGUCACAGACAUCAGCAGGAAUGGUUUGAAGUUGGGAGAUCGCGUGGUUGUUUUCCCCUGGAUCUUCUGCAAUGCAUGUGGCUUUUGCAAGGCAGAUUACAACGUCCUGUGUGAUGGACCUCCAACGCAACAGGUUUUCUAUGGGACAACAUAUAACGGCGGAUUAGCGCAGUAUGUCUCUGUACCUAACAUUCGGUAUGUGGUCCCUCUAUCGGCAUCCAUACCUCUCCCGGUGGCCUGUCUUCUCCCCUGCAGCGGGUUAACAGCUUUCCACGUCAUAGAAGAAGCCCUUGAGUUUGUUAAAACCGUCACCAAAGUUAAAGGUUGUUGCUCUGUGAUGGCGAUUGGGGUGGGUGGGGUCGGCCAGUGGGGGGUUCGUUUAGCCAGGGCCCUUUUCCCGCCAGAAACACAAAUCAUAUGUGCAGACGUCAAGCAAGAAGCGUUAGAUGUGGUUACCAGUAAUGUCCGCGAUACUGUGCCGCUCCUCAUGGAUCGAGAUCAACCCAGUGAUAGCAUCGCGCGGCAAGUCAAGACGGUUUCGCGCUCAGGACGCGGUGUGGAUGUCAUACUAGAUUUCGUCGGUGCAACAAAAACGUUCGAAAUCGGCAAGCUGUCCAUGCAAAUGUGUGGCCAAUACAUCGUCACUGGACUCCUCGGUGGUGAGGUACGAAUGCCGCUACCAGAUGUAGUUUUGACUGGGGUCACCAUCAAAGGCAUCUUGAUGGGCAGGCUCACUCAACUCAAGACACUGCUGGAACUCGUGGUCAAAAUGCCGUCCAUAUAUGACAACCUGACGUACAGCGUUCAUCCACUUGAAGAUGGCGUCCAAAUCAUGGAGAAACUGGCCAAGGGACAAGUGGUUGGACGGGCCAUAUUGAAAUGUAACGAUGAUGGUGAAUAGGUUAUCCAUAGAGUCAUCUGGGCUUUUGAGUCAACGAUAUACGUCAAGACGAAGCUGUGUCGAGUCGAAUCUCUGACAAGGUCUGCUUAAUAUAGUUAAUAGCUUCGACUGAUGUUAUGGAAGGCUUUUAGCUCUUUUGAUACACAAAUCUGUCUUCGUCAUAGCCAGGAUUUACAUGAAGAUCUAGUUAAUUUUAGCAUUUCAGAUAAAAUGUCGUUGUACAUGUACUUAAUAGAAUUCCCAAACUAGGGUGGAAACUCCAAUUUUUCUAGGUUUCUUUCUUCUCUUCUAAUAUUGUAGAAUUUAACACUACAUUCAAGUUAUAUUGAGAUGUUUAUCAGUGUGAUAGGAUCUCAUUUUUAUCGAUACCAAUGGCCAACUCUAAAUUGCAAUCCAAUGGUAUCGAUUCUCUAUUCAAUAACUGUUUCUUGUGACUUUUUCACCAUUGAUAUACAUGCAUUAAUUUUUCUACAGAUUUUUACAAAACCAUUUAAUGCUAUGAUAUCACUUUUCAUAGUAAGUGCCUCCAAAUCCCUGAAUCUAUCAAAUUGAUUUAUACAAUACGGAUUGUAAAUACAUUUAAGCUCCAAAAUAGCCAAAAUUCCCCGCCCUGCUUUUACAGGUGUCCAAGUUUUUACGAGUGUUUCAUUGUUUUGUCCAAGUUAUGACAUUAUCAAUGGUUUAUCCAGGUUUGGGGUCGAGAUGGGGUCAAAAUGUGUUUUUUUUAAACCGAUUGUGUUAAAACAGUUUCAAAAUAUUUUUUUCAAACCCGUAAAAGAAUCGUCACACAAAGAAAGGUGGCAGUACCGUGUCUACAGUACAUUGGUAAAGACGAAAUGAGGAGCUCCAAGUCCAAUGGACGCGGUUUAAACUGCAAGUGAUAUCACACUAACGAACCCAGUCAGUUUUGUAUUAAAGAAAAAUUCCUUUCGUGAAAAUAAGUAUACGCGUGCGAGUCUGCAUGGGGACGCACUGAUAGUGCAAACCCACAGAUAUAAAAAAAUUCUUUAUAAAAAUAUAAGAAAUUCUUUUGAUAUCUACAUAUAUAUGGGUAGACCUCGCCCACGAAUCCGAAUGACCUCGGGGGGCGAAUAAACAUGCUUUGUGGCCAACCCUUAUAAAAUGGAAAAGAAAACUGAUCUUGUGACCAUAAUCUUGGAUUUUCAGUGAAUCACGCGAAGUCAGUCUGUUCCUUAGGGUCACUAGGUGGCGCUUUUCCCGUGGUUUUGCACGGUUUCCUAUCGGCGAGUAAUUAGUUUAGUGCAACCGCUGUGCCAGAGCAGCGAAUAGAGAGAGUUGGGACGCAAGUGUCACUAUUUUGGAAAACAAACUGCAGGUGUGUAUGCUGGCCCUGGAGGGACAUCACCAAUCGUCAGUUUUCACGUCGUUUUGCGAAAACAAUUUCAACUCGCUCUUUGGUCGCGAAUAUUGCCGUCAAUAUUAACGAUUGGCGAUGGCCCUCCAGGGUCACCAUAGGUGCGAGUCCCUGCACACGAAAAGUUGGUAUAACGGACAGCCAUUUCGUUUCCAAAAUGUAA